AUAUUUCAAGAAAUUGAAUAUCGUUUUCAAAUCAAGGGUCAUACUAGAAAUUCAGUUGAUCGCGGAUUUGGUCUUACGAAGCGAGAGUAUACUAGGUCAGAAGUUUGGUGUAUUGAUCAAUUAUUAGAUGUAAUUGAUAGAAGCGCAAACAACAAUAUACCCAUAAAUUUAGAAGACCAAAUAGGACCAUUCCGUGAUUGGACUUCGGCACUUAGCACAUUAUACCGUAGGCCUCCCGCUAUACAAAAAUAUCACAUCUUUCAAUUUAGUCAUGAAAGACCCGGUAUAAUGAGAGCUAAAGUAAGAAUCGAUGACCCUUGGGAUGAAUUUCAGUUAUUGAAACGAAAUGUCAAUGUUAUAGCUUUGAAUCCUCAGGAGCUUCAACCAAAGGGUCUUCCAGAAGAAAAGCAAGUAGAACUCUGGGAAAAAAUUCGUCCAUACUGCCCAGUUGCCUUCCGUGAUGAGCUUUGUCCUAAACCACAAAACGAUCUAUUUGAGAGGGCAGGAGACGUAGAACAUAAAACUCUACCCGCGGCAGAAGCAACAGAGACAGAGACAUCGGGAAUCGCUUCAAAUUCUAGUUUACCAGGAGAAACCAGCAAGAGGGGAAGAUCAGCUUCUGCGUCGAAAUUAGAUCGGAGCAAAUCUAAAAAAAAGAAAG